AUGGUUCCUGCCAUAAUCCACGAAGCCGACUUUUCGCCCGACAACUGUCAUACUUCCACUGACGAUGGUGUUAUUUCCGCUCCCGAUGCUGAACCUUUUAUUCACGAUACCGAUAUGCUUAUCAACAAUAAGGACAUUCCUAUGAACAACGCUGAAGCUGCUAUUCCUUUCGACAAUACGGCUACCCCUAUCGACGACGCUGCCAUCCCCACUGACAAUGCUGAUCUUUCUGCCGACGUUGCCGAUAUCCCUGCCCACGAUGCUACUAUCGCUCCUGAUACGAUCGCUAUGCCGAUUGACGACGAUGUCGAUAUUGCAGAUGCUUCUGACGUUCUCGUUGAUGCUCCCCUCCAUGACAGCUCCGCUUUGAACGAUUCUCCUGUACCGCUUGCUCCGCCUGUCACUUCCUCACCCACCGCUCCUGUUACGCAUCGCAAUAUCAAUAUCGAUUUGCCCAGCGCUUGUGAAGUUGCACGAGGACGUACAACAAGCUUAGGGGGGGAUAAUGUCGAGUUGAAAAACGUUCCAGUUCCGCCAAGCCAGUCACGUGACGCCAGCAAGAUUCCGCCAGUGCUGCGCUCAGGCAAAAAGCGAAAAGUCCAGCCUCUUCUCCCACCUCGGCAGAAACGGAGAAAUGUAAUUCCGGGCCUCUAUCUGAUUGGCCGACGCUAUCCGCGUAUUCCAUUGGCUCACCGUAAUUGCCGCUAGGCUUCGCUCCGCUCCUUGUUGGCAUUGGUCACUGCUUAGCUUCUUUAUUGAAAACUUUUUAAU